AUGACCCGCGUAGAAUUAGACUGGAAGGAUUUUGACAACUCCAUUAACGAUAAAAAAGAAAAAUGCCUCGAAGAGAGAAUGCCCCCCUGGGAAGAAUUCCAGAAACAAAUCGAACACAAGUGGAAUCUUUACAAUGAGCAUCUAGAUAUUGCAUAUAAAUCUUAUAUCCUCAAAAUAUCUCCUACAUGGAAUGUGUCCCACUGGGAAGAGUGA